AUGAGUGAAACGGGUUUCAUUUCUUACCCCCCCCCUCAACCAGACUUUUGGAUUUAUUUUGCCAAAUAUCUAAGAAAUUUUUGGGUUCAGUGGGCUAUAGUUUUUGUUCCUUUUAUUCUUUUUACUCUUUACUUAAAAUUUACAAUGCCUUCUUAUCAUAUAAACGAAAAAGAAAGCCUAGAAGAUUUAGAUAUCGAUGAAAAAAAACAAACCAAAAUGGCGAAAAAUAACAUAAAGAGAAGCUUUUAUAAUUCAUGA